UCUUGUUUUAUUUCCUGUUCUUGUGCCGGCUUCAGCCUGUUUGACAUGCAGAUUUUGUUUUUUGGCUUCCAUAAAUUUCACCCUUUUCGACCAAUAAAAGACUCCAUUUCAACGGGGAUGAAUACGUGAGCAGAGAAAAGUCAAGCCUUUGAAAUUUAGAGCCAUUGCUCUCACAGACAAGUAACAGUACCUUGGGAUGGGGGUUGGAAUUUUAAAAAAUAAAAAGAAAAUAGUAUUAAACAUGGAAAAUAUUGAUGGCACGUAGCAUCAGGUUUUGGAUCCUGUGCUGGCUCCUUUAUUAAACUAGAGAUUAAAUUUUUCGCCUAUAAAACAAAAGAGGAGAGUCACCACUAAUUCGAGAGCUUUCUGCAGACUUCGACCCUCGACAAAUUUUUCUGUCCGGUAAAUAGUCACUGCCACUUCAGAGCAGAAGUUGCAUUAUAUAAUCUCUUGGGCCCCAGAAGAAAGCUGAAAUGAGUGUCUAAUAUAGUGAACAGUGAGUUAGUGGUUAAAACAUCAGAGGCCAACAAUGGAUGCUGUGGCUCAUUUGAGGAACCAGUUGGUUGAUUAUACCGCCUCUCUGUUUCAGGAGGGUUUUCUAGAUGAUCAAUUUACUCAGCUCCAGCAACUUCAAGAUGAAAGCAACCCAGACUUUGUGGUUGAAGUGGUGACUCUCUUUUUUGAAGACGCAGAGAGACUUCUUAAUGAGCUGGCAAAAGAACUAGGCCAGGCAAGUAUCGACUUUAAAAGAGUGGAUGCCCAUGUUCACCAGUUGAAGGGUAGUAGCUCCAGUAUUGGAGCACAGCGAGUUCAGAAAGUCUGCAUUGCCUUCCGCGGAUAUUGUGAGGAGCAGAAUGUUGAAGGGUGUCUUAAAAGCUUGCAACAAGUAAAAGAAGAGUAUUGGUUGGUGAAAAACAAGCUUGAGACUCUAUUCAAGAUGAAGCAACAGCUUCUGGCUGCCGGGGGUUCGGUUCCAAUGUAGAGAGAUGAGACAGAGAUUGUUGCUGCAAAGCCCUACUCAUAACCAGAGAGCAUGAAACGAUGGCAUCUCCAAUCUGCAAAAACAAGAGCAGCCACUUCUGUAAUAUUUUCUUCGGAGAUUCCACUCUUCGUUUAUGAUGUUGUCCAUUCUAAAUGGAUUCUUCAUUGGUCCACUUUUAAUAACAGAAGCUUCAUGAUUAACCCCUUCA